CUUUCAAUCCAUAAAUCUAUCAUCUCAAAUCAUAAAAUACUUUUUCCUCUCCUCUGUUCUCUGACACUCCUCUCACUCUCUCUGAUUGUCCUCACCUUGAAGGUAACCUGACCAAUAGCAGCCAUGUCUGAAGGACCGAAAAAGCCAAAGUAUUCGGCAACACGCCGGCUGCUCCUAAAGACCAAACUGCUGAAAAAGGCAGGGAUAAUGCUGGUGGCUGAGGUUGCGGACAAGAAACGUGAAAGAGAGAGCGCUCUGAAUGAGAGAGCCCCACCCCUCAAACUGUCUGGCCUGUCUGUGCAGGAGCUACAGGACCUUUGUAAAGACCUACACAAAAAGAUUGAUAUCGUAGAUGAGGCACGAUAUGACAUGGAAAUCAAAGUGGGGAAAAAUGAUUUAGAGAUUAAGUCGCUGACCCAGAAGAUCGAUGAGAUUAAGGGGUCGAAGAAGCCCACUCUGAAGAGGGUGAAAAAGUCUGCCGCCGAUGCCUUGUCGGGAGCUGUGGCCGACACUGGCAAAAUGAAGGCUGACUUCACAUCCGGCCUCAAGAAAGUCAAGAAGGAAGAGGAGAAGAAAGAAGAGGUGACUGACUGGCGUAAGAAUGUGGAUGCCAUGUCUGGCAUGGAGGGCAGAAAGAAGCUGUUUGAUGCUGGAAAAUAAGCAGGGUCAUGUUGUAACCACCAUUAAGAGAGAAGUAUGCCAAGACUGUAAGAACCCACAAAGAAGAGAGAGAGGAGGUCAGUUCUAGAUGAGAUGUGAAUGCCAUGUUGUGAUAUGAAAUGAAUUUUGUAAAGAAUCAUGUCAACCAUGUCAACCAUGUGAAUUUGACGUGUCCCCUGUUUAAUGUGAUGAGAGUUUGCUAGUUCACAGGGAAUAUUGUUGAUAUUAUAUAUUGUAGAUAUGUUAUAGAUAGUUGUGUUAUAAAUUAUGUGCUGAUAUAAUCAGUUAUUUAUGAUGUAUUGGUAGUAUCCCUUAUGUAAAAAUCACAUGAUUUCAAGUGGAAAAUCACAUGAUUUCAAGUGGAAAAUCACAUGAUUUCACAUGUGAAAUUUCCACGUUUUGCACAUGUAAAAGUUUAUGUGAAACAAUGUGGUUUUUGAACACUUCACAUGUGAUGAUAUUUCACAUGAAGUUUCACGUGGACUUUCACGUGAUCACAUCUUUCACAUGUGAACCAAUGUGGUUUUGGAACACUUCACAUUGGAUUAUAUUUCACAUGAAUUUUCACAUGUGGAUUCAAAUGUUCACUUGUGUAUAUUUUUCACAUGGGAUUUCACAGGUGAUGAUGCACUGCAUACAAUAAUUUGUCACAAAAUAGUUGCAGUGUUUUCAACUUACGUAUUUGACACACAUGAUUAUAUUGUGCAUGUUUAUUUCAGUGGAGGGGAGGACGGCUCAUAAUAAUGUCUGGAACGGAGCGAAUGGAAUGGCAUCAAACAAAUGGAAACCAUGUGUUUGAUGUUGUUGAUACCUUUCCACCUAUUCUGCUCCAGCCAUUAACAUGUGCCCAUCCUCCCCAAUUAUGGUGCCACCAACCUCCUGUAUAUUUAUUUAUACAGUAAUUAUUAUUCAACAUGUCCUCACCUUCCAGCCAUGCCACAAUGUCUGUGUCAAUGACUGAUUUCACCUGUAUUCCUACACGUUAGACUUUACAUUAAUGUUAGCUUUGUAUAAUACACUCAAGAAAAUCAAUUAUAUUUAUCAUAGUGAUUCACCAACAUCAGAAAACUAUACAGAUAACCCUCAACUUGCUGAAAUAAGUAAACUAAAUCAAUGAUGAGAGAAUAGUCAGAUUAAAUGAUAAGUAAAAUAGCAGUGCAGAUGGCACUCUUUUACUAAGAGCAGAGAUAUAUUAUAGGUAAUGAAUGUGUAGGGGAUUUCUGAGAAUGGUACAGACUUUGUGGCGCAGCAGAAAGAUCAGCGGACCCCAAUUCCCAGUUGGGGUCAUAUUGAAAAGUCAGUACUAAGUGAUCAUGUAAAAUGUAAUCAUAUUUAUAUUGAUGAAAGAUUUUUGCACUAUUUUAGCUGAACAGCGUACCAUUUACCUUAAACCCCCCCUACCAUUUGAUUACUUCCCUAACAAACAAAAAACAUAUGAAAGGUGCAGUUUCACAUGUGAAACCAUAUAUAUUAAAUUUAGAGUUCAUAUGUUAACACCAGCUUUUCACAUGUGAGGAGAAUAACAUUUUGUGAAAUUUGCAGAUUCACAUGUGAAAUUUGCAGUUCCACAUAUGAAAAACUUUCACGUGAAAAUUAAAUUCAGUAUUUAAACAUGUGAAAACUUUCACAUGUGGAAUUACAUUUUCACAUGUGAAAAUCAAAUUUGUCACAGUCUUCAUCAUUGACUUCUAUUUUAGGAUAAUAUGAUGAUUUCACAUGCCCGAGGUCAUUCAUUAUCCACCUACAAAACAUUCUCAGUCCACUCCUUAUAAGUGUAUGUGGAAUAAGUACUAACUAAGUGCACGGUAAUGUGGUUCACUAGCCUGGUCCCAUUCUGUAUAGCAGAAUGUAUAGCCAACCCUUCUAUUGUUGUCAUGACAUAUGAUGCAAGCUGCAUCGCAUUAAACCUCUAUCUUACUUUACAUUAGUCUUUCCCAACCCUGGUCAUCCUGUACCCUUAACAGUACACAUGUUUAUUGGGACCCUGGACAAGCACACCAGAUUCAACUAAUCAUCAAGCCCUCAAUGAGUUGAAUGAGGUGUGGUUGUCCAGGGUCACAAUACAAAUGUGUACUGUUGGGGGUACUGGAGGAUGAGCAUAUGUGGAAUUGCGAGUACACAUGUAAGAAACAUUCACACGUGAAAAUUGAAUUUUCGGUUUUACAUGUGAAAAAUGUUCAAAUGUUGUCACAGGUGUAGUGUCAUGGCAUCACAUGUUGAAAUUUGCAUCCUCAUGUUGUCACAUUUAUUUCACUUGAGACCAUGUUUUCACAUGUGUAGUUUCAUGUUAUCACAUUAACUUCACAUGUGAUCACGUGAAAUUCAUGUGUUUUUCCGUAAGGGAUUGUAGUUCUGUAGGUGGAUAACUGUCAAUAUCAUCUGAAUAGAUAUUUCAGGUCAGAGCCAGGAAUGUGAUGAUAUUAACUGUACAGUAUCUGAAAAGUUGUAUAUUUUCAGUUGAUUUAGCAAAAGAAAAAAAGACAAUCGCUAUUGAGAGAGUGAAGCCAGGUUAUUUUGAUGUACAGACUUGGUGUAGCCUACAUACAUGUAAUUUGACUGAAUGUACAGACUUGCUGUAGCCUUCAUUAAAUUUGACUGAAUGUACAGAAUUGGUGUACAUACUGCUACAUUUGGCUGAAUGUACAGAAUUGGUGUACACACUGCUACAUUUGACUGAAUGGUUUAAAAGUUAUUAAUUUAUUUGAUAUGAAUGUAAAUGCCACUCCACUAUUUAAUAAAUAGAGCUUGAUAGUU